AUUAACACCCUUAUUAAACAAACAGACACAUAGAAUCAAAGUUAAAUAAAAUGAGAAUCGAAACUUGUUCGUUUUGUUCGUCACCAGUCUACCCAGGACAUGGAACUUGCUUUGUGAGAAAUGAUUGCAAAAUUUUUCAGUUCUGCCGCUCCAAAUGUCAUAAAGCAUUUAAAAAGAAGAGAAACCCAAGAAAGGUAAAAUGGACCAAAGCAUACAGACGUACACGUGGUAAGGAUUUAACCAAUGAUGCAUCUCUUGAAUUCGAAAAGAAGAGAAACUGCCCGAUUAAAUAUGAUCGCCAGGUCUGGGAGAAGACUGUCAAAGCAAUCCAGAGAAUUGAUGAAAUUAAAACUAAGAGACACAACCAGUUUAUCAUGAACAGGUUGAAAGUCGGUAAGAAGGUAGAAAAGGAAGCGGACAUUAGAGAAGUGAAGAAGAACAUCAAUCUCAUCAAAUCUCCUGCCGCUGGACUCAUCCAGAGAAGAGAGGAAGAGCAAAUUGUAGAAGUGAUGCCAGAAGAAAACCAACAAAUGGAGGAAGUUUAGAACUUUCUUUGCUUUUCUUUUAUACCACUUCGUCUUAACAUUUCUCUAUUGCCUGCAAGUUUUACUCGGAUUUUUAGUGCUUAAGUUCUACCCGGUUCUCUCUGGAAUCCUCAUUAACUGAUAAUGAAUUGUAAACCCUACCUUGCUAGCUGAAUCAUACAAAUUUAAUGUAUACUGGUGGCCAGCAUUCUAUUCCUAAUUUAAACAUACAUCCAUACAUGUGCACAAAUCAGAAAUAAACUGGAAACCAACAACCUAAGUAAGCUAUUACUCUAUCUUACGAUUGUAUUGCUAAUCUUGACAUAAACUAGUGUAGAAUUUAAAUCGGAAAUAAACUAAAGACCAACUUCAA